AUAAGUGGAUAAAUAGAUUAAAAUAAUAUUAAAUAUUUUUCUAUUAUAGUUUAGCAAAGAACAGUUCAUUAAACAAGCUGUAACAAUUAAUUUGUCUCCGAGUGGUGAUAUAACCCUAACACCGUAUCAGGUCUCGCCUUGUUAUAUAAAAUCAAGUGGGUCAUCUCGAUGGCAUCUUCUUAAAUUAGGUAAAUCUGUUCCUAUUAAGCCAGGAGAUAUUUGUUCCUUGUUAUCAAACAAAUGUUGGUUUAAAAUAGUAACUAUGUCUGAAACGACGGAGAAAGAUAAUCAUCUACUAAAAAGAAAGUGUUCCGACGAAUUAACAUUUGAACCACUGGAUAAAAAAAUAUGUUUCGACGCAUCUCAAAAGUCGAUAGUCUUGCAUGGCAAUGGUUCUAGCAAAUCUCAAGAUAGUAAUGAUUCUUCCAACCCUACAGUCGUAGAGAUACCUGUAUUGAAUGAAGGGAGUAGUAUCGAUGGGUCUACAUUUUCCAAGAAUAUAGAUAUUAGCUUGCCAGAGAAUAAUCAAACUAUUCCAAAUCAAAUAUCGGAAGUAGAAAAUCCAGAUUUAUCUAACGCUGUUAAAGAAAAUUCAAAUAUUCAAGAAAAGGAAGAGAAGAAAGUUGAAGCAGAUAUUAAACAGGAGAGUGUUAUGCCUUUCAGUGCUAAUGACGAGUCAAAUACUUUAGUACAACAAGAUAUGCAAGAAACAACUUCUUCGUCCACACCUGAACAAAACGAAGCAAAUAUAUCUAAUACUGAGCAAGUAAAAAUUAAAAGAAAUAAGUGUGUUUACAAGGAUAAAUGUUAUAGAAAGAAUCCACAUCACAAAGUUCAAUUCAGUCAUCCGGGUGAUCCUGAUUUUGAAGAAGUUGACGAAAGACCUAAGUGUCCUUACGGUAUUAAGUGCUAUCGCACAAAUCCACAACACAAAGCUGAUUUUCAACAUUCCACUAUGCGACAACGAUGUUUACCACCAAGAGGUCAAUAUGUACCUGCAAUGGAAUUAUUAUUGGAGGAAGAAUCUAGCGAUGAAUCUGUUGAUGAAUCAGAUUAUGAGCCAUCUGAUUGCGAUACUAUCUCUACUGAAGAAGAAAUGGAAAAUUUUAGCCAUGACAGUGACUAUGAUUUUUAUGAUUCAGAUGAAAGUGACAGUGAUCUCAAGGAUUCUAAUAGUGAAACCAAUUAAGA